AGCACCGUGUGCUUCCAAUCAGGAUCUUCAGUUUUCCAGUGAAUUGUGCUCAAGGCGCUGCCUCCUCUCAAAUAGCUCAGCAGAGAGCAGAGACACGCACUCUACCGCCCAGAACCUAGACUUACUCGUCUUAAGACACACUGGACUUCUACAAACACCUGACUGAUGGCAAACCACCAUUAGGACUGCACUUUGGCGUUUGGACUUCUCGGAACCUGGAUGGACCCGAAUGAACCCGACUGGUCAAACGUGGCAAAGCACCUCGCAGCAAACGGUCUCAGCUCACCGCCUGACCAGCCUUACUUGAAGUUUGCCGGCCGCCACCACAGCGGAGGAGAGGGCAGCUCGGGAUCAGAAGAAGGCCUGAGGUUGGCGGAAUCCUCGGUGCCCACACUGGACGCUGAGAGGCACCACCUCCUGCAGCGGAGGCCAGUGGACGCCUGCCUCCCCUUUGGACACACUUCACAAGAACUCGCCACCUUCAUUACGGAUCUGGAUCAAACAGGCAAACUGUUUCUGCCCAGAGGAAUAAAACGGGAAUUUGUGACACAUCCGUCGAUUGAAAUGUACCAAAGUUUGCCUGUGGCAUCUGUGCCGGGUUCGAGUACCUACCCACACGAUGUUCCUAACAACUUCAUGCACUCCAGCACAAGUUCUCCCGUCUACGUUCCUACUACCAGGGUGAGCUCCAUGAUCCAGACCAUCCCCUAUCUCCAAGGUAGCGGAUCGAGCCAGCAGAGUCAUCCCGUUACUAACCACUCGGUCUGGACUCAACCGGCCUCGGAAAGCUCAACCUACAGCUCCAGCAGACCUCAUGAAAUGGUUUCCAGCAGGUUCUCCUUCUCCCCCAGUCCACCCGUUUCAAACGGAGCUGUUCGAGAUUCUGGCUACAGUAACAGUCUGAACGGCAGAGAUCAGUACACGAGUCCUUUGGCCAGACCUCUCAAUGGAUCUUACCCCAGCCCUUACACUUCUUACGUUGGGCCCCAGUUGGCUUCGGCUUGGACUGCAGCAGGCUCCUUUGAAAAUCCAAUGCUGCAGAGCUUGCAAAGCAGACCUACAAAUAUACCUGUGCGGGGUCCCAAUGGAGAGCUGCUGGACGAGCUGUCCGAAGCCCGCGAGUGUGUCAACUGUGGCUCCAUGUCCACUCCCCUGUGGCGGCGCGACGGCACUGGCCAUUACUUGUGCAACGCCUGCGGUUUGUACCAUAAGAUGAACGGACUCAGCCGACCUCUUAUCAAACCUCAGAAGAGAAUGGUAAGCGGCUUAUGUAACCCCGCCAGUCCAAUCCAGAUACAGCAGUCCUCAACCAGACGGAUUGGCCUGGCUUGUGCCAACUGUCAUACAACCACCACCACUUUAUGGCGCAGGAAUGCAGAGGGCGAGCCUGUCUGCAAUGCUUGUGGGCUUUACAUGAAACUUCAUGGGGUUCCAAGGCCUCUGGCAAUGAAGAAAGAGGGAAUCCAGACCAGAAAAAGAAAACCUAAAAACUUAAACAAGUCCAAGAGCACUUCAAGUACAAGCAAUACAGUCACCAUGACUCCAUCUUCCUCAUCAUCGUCUACAUCCAAUCAGGAGGAGAUUCCUAGGGUGAAAAGUUGCUCACCCUCUGGCCAGACCACAGUUGCAACUUCAGGGGAGUAUCAGCCCUUCCAGCAGGCAAUGUGGACAGACGAUGAACAGCUCCAUGGAGUCAGAUAACAGCACAUCUCUGAACAUAAUUUCCGCCCUAUCUCCAAAGAAAGGCACGUCCUCCAGCAGCUAGUAAAGCUGCCUGUUUAUUUUGGAUCCGUUUAGUUUUAUUUAACAAAAAGCUGUAAUGAGUACUUUCAGAAUACCGAUGGACCAGAUGCUAAAACUGAUGUGAAGAAACAACUGAGGAGUGUUCAGUACUGUAGUCAAGAGUAAACUGACAUUACCUCACUUUCGCUGGUGUGCCUGAUGGAAACAAACCUCCCACAUUACUGUUUCGGUUUGUUCCUGCAAUGAUUCUGUGUGGAAACAAAUUAUAUUUGAAAUGACAACUGACAAUGAAGGUUAGUUAAUGCAGUGUGAAUUCUGAAAGUUCCCAUUGUAGUCAUUGACUUCACGGUAGUCAAUGUUUAUGAAACAGGGUAACAAGCGGAUGCAUUCUUCCACAUAAUGAAAACUUCAUUGUACAAAACAAAAUGCAAUUAGCAUUGCAGCAAUCAGUGUUAAAUCAAAAUGGUUCAAAAUUAAAUAACCUUCUUGUAAUGAAUGUAAACCUUCUAAGUUAAUGGUACUUAUGUAAUUUAAAGACAAUAACUAAGUCUGUAUCUGUAACAGGAUACUUCAUUCAUUUUCUGUCUUUUAAGAAUCAUCCGUGUAGUCUUUUUGGUAGUUUGGGAAAAGAAACAUUAUGUUAAGAACAAAUUUCCUCUCAGGUAAAUUCGAUGUUGUAUUACCUUUUGUAAGUUUUGUAAAAUAUAAACACGUCAAUAUUGCCUGUCUAUAGGUUAAAUAUAUGCAAGACAAAAUGAAAUGCAAACUUUACUACCUAUGUGAUGAAGUGUAAAUACUUUACUGAAACAAUUGUCUUGAGGAUUGUUGGCUCUGAUAAUGCAAAGUGUAUAAAAAGACAAACUGGUGUUUAGCCCAGUCCAUGCAUUUUUAUUGUCAUUGCUUGUAUUUGUUAUUUGUUCCUUGAAAACAGAUUAAAAGGUGACUUUU